AUGUACAGCGCCUCGCAGCUCCUGGCGCUGGGCGUGUCCCUGGCCGUCUGCGCGGCCGCCGUGCUGUACGGCGACCUGUUCGCCGAGCUCUUCCCCGCGCGCGAGGCCUCGCUGAGCGUGGCGGAGCAGCAGCAGAUGCUGGCGUCGCUCGUCUUCCACGCGUCCAAGAACGGCGACGCCGCCGCCAACGGAGCCGACGCCAACGCCGCGGACGCGCGCGCGCCGCCGCGCCUCGCCUUCUGCUGCAGCGCCGACCUGGACGUGGCCGUUCCCGCCGUGGAGCUCAUGGAGAGCGUGCGGGAGGUGGAGCGCCAGCACCACCAGAAGAAGAAGAAGAAGAGCAAGGCCGGCUUCAACAAGGCCGGCAAGUUCUCGGACAGCCUGGCUAAGCGCCACCACGAGCGCAUCGGCUCGCUCAAGGAGCUGCAGGAGAGCUUUGCCUACUACUUCUCCUCGGGGGCUGCCGCGGAGCAGAGCAUGCUGUCCCCCGAGCAGUUCCGAGAGGUGGUGGCUCUGGCUGACGCGCUGCCGGGCGUCAAGAGGAAGGUGGGCGGCAACGCCGCUACGAUGGCCGAGCGCGCGUCGGCGGAGGGAUGCGUUGUGCUGCUGGGAGCGGCUAUGGGCAAGGAGAUGAAGCCGUACUUCAGGGACCCGCGCAUCCAACUGGUGGGCCACUUGGAGGAGCACCAGCACGAAGACGUGCACCUGGUGCUCGAGUACUCGAGCGGAGACGAGUUCAGGGGACACGUCUCGCCCCGCGCGAACAGAUACUACCUGAACCACGACGUGCACAACGCGCGGCUGUCGGUGCUGGAGGAGUUCGAGCAGUCUCUCGACGCGUUCAAGCCCGACCUGGUCGUGUUCGGAGGACUGCAGCUGAUGGAGGUGGAGACGGACGAGCGCGGACGCCUGAUGCGUCUCAAGGCUCUCUCGGAGGUACUUCAGAACCUCUUCGUAGCCAAGACGCCCACCCACUAUGAGUUUGCGGCUGUGUCGGACUUCAGUCUCUUCGAUGACACGGUUCGACUCGUGCUGCCCUGGGUGGACUCCAUCGGACUGAACGAGCAGGAGCUCUUUAUCCUGCACCACUACCUCGUCACAGGUGAAGAGGGCACGGCUACGACGUCGCGUCCUACGGUGGCGGAGAUUAGCGCUCAGCUGCACGACGUCAUCCAGUUCGCGUCCAAAGCUAAGAAGAGCUUUCAGACUUCUGGCCAGGACAACAGCGAGGACAGUGACAACCAGGACAGCUACGCCCUUGCGCAGCUUUCCCGCAUCCACUUCCACACGCUGCAGUUCCACAUUGUGUGCCAGAGGGAAGGAAGCAUGUGGGAGGAUCCGACGACGGCGUUGGUGCAGAGCGCUCUCAUGAGCUCCAAGGUUGCAUGCGGCAAGAGGCCGGCCCCCGGCAGUGAGACUGCUGCUGACGACGAUAAGCCUAAGCCCAUGCGCACCAGCGCUGAAAUGGAAGUGGACCCGGAGCGCAUUGAAGUGCUGCUGGCUCGUCAGCAGCUUCUGAGCAAGAGUCAGGGCCUCAAGGUGGAUCUGGAUCCGUUCUCGCCCGUCGUCACGUGGCAGGAGGCCAACUUCCAGUGCCAUCUCGUACCGAUGAUGGCCUGCAAGAAACCCGACCACACUGCUGGACUCGGAGACAACAUUUCUGGCACGGGUGUGGCUUACCACCGCAUUCAGAAGAAGGGCGAUGCCACCAACUAG